CACUCGGAAGAUGGACACUAGCGGCGCCUGCCUGCUGGCCGUGCUGCUCUACGUUGACCCCAGCACCGACACGCCGCAGAAGAUCGUGCUGAACAUCGGGGACUGCCGCGCGAUCAUCCGAGAGGCGCCAGAGUCGGUUGAGUCGGGGAAGAAGGCGAAGGGGAAAGCUGCCAUCCCAGCUGCUGUCAAGACGGCCGCGCUGUCGGAAGACCACUGCGCUGCAAACAUCAAGGAGCGGAUGCGGGCGCUUCGGAGCGGCGCCUACAUCCAGAACAACCGGAUCGCAGGCGUGCUCGAACCCUUCCGGACCAUUGGCGAUAUCGACAUGAAGGGCCCGGAUAUGAAGAACUGGGUGAUCCCAACGCCCGAGAUCCGCCAAAGCGAGCUGCUCGUCGGUCGCAGCAUGCUGGUGAUCGCCACGGAUGGCGUCUGGUCGGUGCUGAACAACAACCGAACCAUGGCGCUUGUGCUCAAGGAACUCGGAGCUAACGGGGCGCGGCCGUCAGCAGAAUCCGCUGCCCAGGCCAUCGUCAAGGAGGCACGGGAGUUCGGCAGCAGUGAUGACAUUACUGUGAUAGUCGUCUCCGUUUAGGAAUCAAGUCGACAACGUAGAAGACAAAGGAAAUGACAUUGGCGACGGAUCAAAUGUGCCGACUUACUACAUGCAGCCUCCUUGCAUUCAGUCACGCGCCCACCACGGCCUUCCACGCCCCGUCGAACUCCAUCCCGUCGUUCAGCUUGCUCUGCACGGCAUCCGUCACGUCCUCACCGUACAGACACUUGAGCACCUCGAGGCUGGGCGUCUUG